UGUUGCCAUAAUUACCUUCAUUCAUUUGUCAUACAUUUUUUCUGUACAAGAAUGUUAUGAUAUGGAUCAUUCAUAUCAUUAUUGUGGUCGAAGAUUUAAUUGUAUAGCCAAAUGUUUACAAAAAUUAAUAAUUUUCUACUUAACAAUAAAAAUAAUUUGUUUAUUUGAAUGUUCAUCCAACAAUAAUAAUAAUAAUGAUCUUGGUGAAUUUCCUAUACCGGGUGGAAGAAUUUCGUUUGAAAGAUUAACAGCAAUAUCAACGACUGUACAUUUGAAUCAAACGCCAAUUGUACAAUCAUAUAUUCCGGAUGAUAAUGGACCAUUUACUAGGCAAGGUGAACCAAUUUUUGCCGAAUCAAUAUUUCGUCGUUCACAAGGACAUUUUAAUCGUGAACGUAUACCAGAACGCGUUGUACAUGCAAAAGGUUCAACAUAUUAUGGUGUAUUCCGGGUGACCAAUGCUAAAAUAUCCCGUUAUACAAAAGCAUCAUUAUUCAAUUCGGUCGGUAAAGAAACAAGAUUUGCUGUUAGAUUUUCAACACAAUUAGGAGAACGUGGUUCAGCGGAUACACCAUUCGGGGAAGUUCGUGGUGUUGGUAUUAAAUUCUAUACUGAUGAUGGAAAUUAUGACCUAUUAUGCAUCAAUACACCGGUAUUUUUUAUUAAUGAUCCACAAUUAUUUCCACAUAUAAAUCAUGCACAAAAACGUGAUCCGCGUACUGAUUUACGAGAUGCAAAUAAUCUUUGGGAUUUUCUUUCACGACGUCCAGAAACAUUGAAUGGUGUAACAUUUGUUUAUUCGGAUUAUGGUCAACCAGAUGGUUUUCGUCAUAUGCCUGCAUUCAGUGUUAAUACAUUUCGUUUUGUUAGUAAAGAUGGUAAACGUUUUUAUGUUCGUUAUACAUUAUUACCAAUGGCCGGUAUACGUAAUCUUAAAUUAUCUGAAUCUAUACGAUUAGCAGGCGAAGAUCCUGAUUAUGCACGACGUGAUCUAUACGAAGCAAUUGAAAAUGGUCAAAAACCAUCAUGGGCAUUAUAUGUACAGAUAAUAACGACCGAACAAAUUGAUAAUAGUUUUACAUAUAAUCCAUUCGAUGCAACUAAACUUUGGCCAAUUGAAAAUUUUCCCUUAGUAGAAAUAGGAAUUCUAACUUUGGAUCGUAAUGUUGAAAAUGCAUUUGCCGAAAAUGAACAAAUUGCAUUGAAUCCAGGUAGUCUGGUACCUGGUAUUGAACCAUCACCUGAUCGUAUAUUAUUAGGUCGUAUGUUUGCCUAUUUGGAUACACAAUUUUAUAGGUUAGGAGCAAAUCAUCUAUUAUUACCAGUGAAUCGUGAUGGUAGAAAAAUUCUAAAUGAACGUGAUGGUUUCAUGCGCCCGGAUUCAAAUUAUGGUUCAUUACCGAAUUAUUAUCCAAAUAGAAAAUUCAAUGAACAACCAUGGCUGUAUGAUAUAACUGCGCCACCCUUUUCAUUUAGUUUUGUUGAUAUUGUUGUCAUGAAACCGGAUUCAAUACAAUUACAAUAUCAACAUGCCCGAGAAACUUAUGAAUCAUUUUCACCGGAUGAACAACAACGUUUACAUUUUUAUCUAGCAUUUGCAUUCAAUAUGAUUACCAAACAAGAAAUUCUGGACAGAAUGUUAGGACAUUUAAUGAAUAUUAGUCCACGAUAUGGUCAAGGUGUACGACAAGAAUUAAUGAAAUUAAAACCAUCCAAUACACCAGCACUAAGUUAUUGAUGACAACAAAACAAAAA